GCCAGUGGUUUGCUAGUGGGUUUGAAAAACUAGAUCCACCGAGGAACUUUUCAUCUUUGCUCAUCAUACAAAAGAAUCCAGCCAAUGUUUUACUCCAUUAGCUUGGGGCUUGCUGUCCUGCUCCAGCACGGGCGGCCUCAAGACACCCCCAGGCCCAGGCUCACGGUGGAGCCCCCGGGGCCGGCUGUGUAUGUCGGUGAGGUGGUCUCCUUACGGUGCCAGCUGGAGGGGAGCAUCACCGCUGGCUGGACCUACACCUGGUACCCACCCGCCUCUCGGACCACAAUGACCCCCAUCCCAGGUCACAGAUCAAACGGGAGUUGGUACGCCAUUUUCGGCGUGCUGCCCUCAGACCAGGGAACAUACCGAUGCCAGGCAGAGAGAAUCGGCCCGCCUCCGAUAUCCGUGCUUAGCAACAGCGUCACUCUGACGGUCAUGGACUUGCCCCCAGGCACACUAACGGUCUCCCCCGACAGCAGGAGGCACUUCCGAGGCGACAGACUCUCUCUGCACUGUAGGUUCAGCUGCAGCAAUACCACUGCAUGGACCCUAAAGCAUCUGAAUGAGCAGGCUAGAGUGGAGACUGGCUGCUGUCCUGGGGGCAGCAUGUCUAAGUGGGGGCAACAGACCUGCGACUUCCCGAGCCUCAAUAGCUGGAAUGCCGGGCUGUAUUGGUGCGAGUCUGGGGGCCAGCGGACAAAUGCCAUUGACAUCACGGUGGAUGAAAGUCCUGUGAUCAUACAAGGCCCAACUCAGUCUGUAUUGCAUGGAGGGAAUGUCACCCUGCAUUGUUGCUAUAGGGGGGUUUCCCCAAGGAAUAUUACCUUUUACAAAGAUGGCAUGGAGAUUGAGACCCGUGGAGAUGGCAAAAUGACAAUGCGGGGUGUCACCAAGGAGGACGAGGGUUUCUACAGUUGUUCUGGAAAAGGCACCGGAACGAUAAGUGCCGAGACAUGGGUGUCGGUUACAGGAAGUUCUACUGCGGAAGAAAUUAUCUCUCAACAGCCGAACCUGCACAGUAAAGGAAUCAUCACCAGCACUACAGAGAACACAUCACCGAGCCCUGAACAAAUAGGAAAGUCAUUAUCUGAAGAAUUAGCUCUGUCAGGAUCUCUAGCAGGUCCGCCGCUGUGGAUGGUGAUGAUCUGUAUUGUGAUAUUCCUGAUGCUUAUCCCUGCUUUGGGAAUCCUGGCCUACCGAUGCAGCUCACAUUUAGAGUUCCCACCAAGCAGCCGCUGUUCCAUCGCGGACUCUGAAAGCCAAUAUGCCGGACAGAACUCGCCCCAACCAAACGAGGACCCCUGGAGUAUGACAUGGGUAGAGAUGAUGACCCCUUUGAAUAAUCAGGAUCACCACGGAUCCCAAGAGGAGACAGAGCCUCAAAUGGACGACCCAGAAGCCUCACAGGCGUGAUCUUCCACACUUCACCAGCUCAAUCAUGCUGACGCUUAUCAUGAAGGAUAACUGCUGGAGUCUCUGUAAAUAUACAUAAAGGAGCAAUGUGUGGGUCAGUUUGUUACUGACUAUGUUCAAAUGUAUGCUUUGAAUAAAUAGUGUAAAUACACUGCCCAUAGUUAUGAUCGUCAGUUAUAUAUUUCUAAUGUUUGGGAAAAAAUGUUAAGAUGAAUUAUGCAUGCCAGUUUUUGGAACUUUUUGAGUAGAUGUUGCAUUCAAUUGCUUAUGUGAAACAUAAGGCAUUUUUACCAUAAAACACCUGGAUGGUCUACAGGACUGAUGCAGAUGAGCACUUACCUCAGCAGGGCCACCAAAAUCUCUCCUUGAGUCUAACCCUGUAGCCUUUUAACUACCCGCAUCUCUUUUAAUUACCUUUACCUUAUAUUUACUGAUUACUUAUUUAAUCGGUUUAUUUUUACCCCCGUUUAAAUAAUGUUACCCAAGAUUUAUUUCAUCUGAAAAUAAAAUAAAAGGAAAGAAAAAACUCGCUUGUGUGCAAAAACGGUAAUUAAAAAUAAACACAUUUUAAUAUGAUAUAA